CCGUCUUGUUGUUGUUUACACGUACCUGCCAGCAUGCGCAACCGGUAGAUUUCUUGCAAAACAGAAACAGAACAGGAAUGCAAUUUUCGUUUCCAAGCAUUCUAAAACACUUUCUCAAACGAACGGCACGCUCCCUACACUCCAGCACGAUGGCGCUGAGCCGCUUCGAGUACGUGAAGCAGUUCGAGCAGGAGGAAAAGCUACUCCCGAACAGCUGGAUCGUGGUGCGCAUCGAUGGCAAGGGCUUUCAUCGGUUCUGCAACGUGCACAGCUUCAGCAAACCGAACGAUCUGGACGCCCUGCAGCUGAUGAACCUUGCCGGCAUGACGGUGCUGCAGGAGUUUAACGAGAUUGCCAUCGGCUACGGCCAAAGCGACGAGUACUCGUUCGUGUUUCGGCGCGAGGCGAGCGUGUACCAGCGGCGCCGGGACAAGCUGGUCAGCUACGUGGCCAGCCUGUUCACCUCGGCGUACAUGUUCCACUGGAAGCGCAUCUUCAACGGCCGAUCGAUUGCGAUGCGCUAUCCGCCCUCCUUUGACGCCCGGGCCGUCCUCUACCCGACGGACGAGAACCUGCGCGACUAUCUCAGCUGGCGGCAGGCGGACGUGCACGUGAACAAUCUGUACAACACGACGUUCUGGAAUUUGGUCGCUUCCGGGUUGAGCAAUUCCGACGCGGAGAAGCGGCUGCAGGGGACGUUGGCGAGCGAUAAGAAUGAAAUCCUUUUCUCCCAGUUCGGCAUCAACUACAACAACGAACCGAUCAUCUACCGGAAGGGUACCAUUUUGCUGCCCAAAAGCGUCGUGUCCAGCGAGGGCAAGAAACAGAGACUGAUCGUGCCCAUCUUUGAGGAUCUGAUAAGCGACGCAUUUUGGGCGAAACAUCCCGAGAUACUGGAUAAGAAGGCAAAAACGGACGAACUGUACGAUUUGGGAGAAAACGAGGCGCAACCCGUCGUUCGGUAUCAGCUCGAGAUGCAGGAACGGCGUAAGGCAGGCAUGAACAAGUCGGAAACGGGCAACCGUUUGCUUGCAACUGACCAUAGCUAACACUAAUGACUCUUGAUUUAUUAUAUAGCCUAAAAAACACGCUAAAAAGAACUAACAGCAAAUAAAGUCUCGAUUGAGCUAAUCGUUAAACGAAGCCGGAUG